AUGAGCAUAUCAACUGGCAUGAUAUUGCCAGAUGGUAAACCAUAUAGCUCAUACUCAACCUAUAAUUUUUCAUACGAUUCGGAUCGUGGUUUAGUUGCUUUGAAAGGUGAAGCAACUUCAAUACCAGAUGGUCAAAAAUCACAUUGGUGGAUCAUUGAAAAUAUGAAAGAUGGUCAAACUUAUACAAUAGAUCAAGAUUCAAAAAAAUGUUAUAAAUCAAUAAUAACACUUAAACCGUUGUAUUGUAUACCAGAGACAGCAGUGUAUCAAUACUCGUCUAUGUAUGGAUAUGGUGAUAAACAAAUUAUUGGUGACACAUGGCUUAUAACAAAAGAUGAAGCAAUUAUGUAUUUUACAGUUAGUGGUGAUGGUCAAUGUAUUCCAUUGAAUGGACAUAAUUACUCUCAGAACCCUGCCACUGUUAAUUCAACGACAAUAGCCAAUUUCGUACCAAAAGUUCUUGAUCCGAGUGCAUUCGACAUACCAGAGGAAUGUAAAAAUACUACUUAA